AUGUCUGAAUUAACAAACACAAAUCAAGGUGACGCUAGCUUUUACGAAUUCGACACCGAUAAAACUAUACUUUCUCUUAAAAUACCAGAAAACCUGCUCUCGCAAUGGUUCAAGGGUCGCACAAUUGCACUAUUUAUCUGUUUAGAUAUUUCCGGUUCAAUGGCUGGCGAACCACUCAAACAAGCCAAACGGGCCAUUUUGGAACUGCUAGAUGGGGUAUUCAGUUCCGAAUUACGUUGGCAUAAUGGUGGCAUUCAAAGAUACUUCGAUAAGAAAGUUCGAAUUCGAGGAGGAACCGAUUUCACUUAUGUCUAUCGUGAAAUUGUAAAACAUAUGCCAAAUGUUCAUACUGAUUUGGCUGUAGUCUUCUUCACUGAUGGACAGACAGCCAGAAUUACGGAACAAGAUGAUAAUGCUAUUUCUAGCGCAUUAUCUACUUUUAAGCAUGGAACUGAAGUUCAUACCAUCGGAUUUAGUGUAUAUCAUAAUGCAGCAAUUUUGUCAUGGUUGACCAAGCUUGGGACAAAACAAGGAAACUUCCAAUACGUGGAAACAACCGCUGACAUUAGAAAAACAAUGAGAACGACACUCGAAUUGCUUUCGUUAGGAGAUCGAAACAUUUUUGUAAAGGUCGGUGACCGUGAAGCAAUUCAGACCGCCUUCGACAACGAAGGGCGUGGAAGAUUGACACUCACCGGCGAGAAUAAAUCAGUUCAAGGAAAAACAAUAACUGUUCUUAAAGAACAAGAAGCAACCGGCCUAGAAACAUUUACCAUCGAAUCUCUACGACAAAUCAAUGAAGGAGAUGCCGAAGCGACGCUUCUGACUAUUCAUGUGAUACAAAGUGAAAUUACACGAUUGACCAAUGAGGUUGUUAAUAAUUCUGGAAAUCGUGAGAAGCUGGAUGAAAUCCGAGAACAGGCUGAAAGAUAUGACGCGAAUCUGAAUGGUAUCUUGGAAAAAUCAUUCAAGUUGAAGAGCGCUUUCCGAAAUGAAUCCAUACAGUUGUGUAUGGAAGUUAAAACGACGUUGCAUCGUUUCAAAGAAUUAUUAUCAGAUGCUCUUAAAGGAACGUUAUCAAAUGAAAAAAUCGCAAACUUUAAUAACCUUGCAUACAAGAAUGUCACUAAACAGAGACUAAAGAAAAAACUUGAUGAUCGCGCCAUCAAGAAUGUUGAUCAGAUGCAAGCAAUUGAAGAGCGUCUAAAAAAUCUUGUACAGACAAUCGAUUUCGAUGAGUUAGACCGAACAGAGACAGAAGAAAAUAAAUUGGCAUAUACAUGUACCUUAACCACUGACAAUUAUAUUGAGACAAUGCGCGAGGGAGAAUGUAUGUGCUUAACUCUGGAUAUUGGUCGUUCGCAAGCUGCUAUUGCUGAUCCAACGCAACUUGUCAUCAAGAAAAUUAAUCAAACCUUCAUGUCAUCUGAUGCAUUUAUGAACUCUGUGCGAUAUGCACUUGAAGAGACUAGUGGGGAAGACAAAGAUGUGCAUGGUGGUUUCGAGGGUCCUUCUUUUGCCGCUAGUGUUAUUAAAGGAAUCGCUAGGGAAGAUAUAACUGGAAUUCUACCUUUAUACAUUAACGAAAAGCAUUGGCAAAUAGCAAAAGAACGAAUUAAGCCAAUUAUGGGCUAUAUGACAACGCUUGAUGUAUUUGGCUACUCCUAUGGUCAACUUACAACAGUCCCCUUCCUCGUGUUGGGAAAAGCUCUCGGCGAUACGUCAACAGAUUUUCGACGCAAACAACUAAAAUUAAUACUCGAUACUUGCCAAGCUUUAUACAAACAAUCAACGAAGCUUCGUGAAGAGAACAAAACCUUAUUCGAGAAAUAUACAAAAUCUCCGCUCAAUCGAACCAUUGAUAGUGUGGCUAACCAUACUGUCUUACUCGGUCAUAUACUUUGUGCACUCGAACUCGGAGAUAUUACACUCACCCAAGUGCAGCAAUAUAUACAAGAAGGACUCUUCACUUACGCAAUCGAGGAAACUAUCCGUCGAAGACUUAAUAGAGCUUUACCUGGUAUCGAAGAAUUUAUUAGUGAUAUUCAGCGGUUCUUGGGAAUCGAUCAGGAAUCAUUUAUUGAUAAGCCAGUUAGAGAGUUUGCAGAAUCGUAUGCAGCGUACAUAAAGAAAACUCAAGAGGCGACAUUUAAAGGAAAUAGUAGAUACGCUAUCGCAUUUCAAACUGCAUUAGGAAUGAAACAAGCUGAGAAUGUGGAGAUUGAUAGCGAUAAUAAAGUGUCACAAGAAUCCGCCAAUGUUGAUACAACGAUGCCGCCGACUGUUAGAACAACUCGAUAUGACGGAUCAAAAUACGCGAUUCUAAGUUCAACUACAGCAAUUUUAACAAAAAUGCAACAGUUAGUCUUGGAAACAGUUGAGCUGAUACUUCGCUUUAAACAACUAUUUGAAUGGCUAAUCACCAAUAACACGACAGAUGUCACUAAAUUCACUGAAUUCCAUAAAUUCGUCCCAGAAGUAACACCAUUUGCCACACAAUACUUUGCCCAACUCUCGCCUAAAACACGACUAGCAACAUUCCUUCAAGCAUACAAACAUCGACAAAAUUCUGCAAGACGCGAAGCAGCCGAAGCUACACCGGUAACUUUCUUUGAACCAUUUUCAGACGCCACAGCCGAUCAAAUAAUCUCUCUUCAGUUUGACGAAUACGUUUCCGACCAAUUGAAACGUCGAGUCAAUGAAAUUAUCGAAUCUCAUGAUAAAAAGGGCAAUGACGCGAUUGGAUUGGCUUUUUGGCAUGCGAAAUCUGCAGAUGAGGCUGCUGGUAUUUUGAUGCUUGAUGUGAAAUUCCGUGGGGCCAAAGUAUAUGCGCAGGUUAUUAAGGCUUUACAAAAGCCUCAAUUAGAGGUGGCGAAAGAAAAGAUUGAAAUGGUUAUAAAGGGGAUAUGGAAGGGAGUGAAAUUGUUUCAAGAUGAUUUCAGUAAAUUACCGGAAAAAGCAACCUGGAUUCCAUCCCGACAAAACUUGUAUCGAAUGAUUAUCGCGCAAAAAGAUUCCAUUUCUAAUGCAGCAAUUUGGAUUGAACUCUUGCCAAGCUAUAAAGCUUAUAUAGAGCAUCAAUUCGAUGAUGAAUAUUUGGCGUGUCGUAUGCCAAUUUAUCUAGCCUUGGUAAAAGUAUUGACUAAUACCACUUAUUUCAAUGCAAGGCAUUUGGAACAACCAACAAUACAGGACAGCAAUCCGCGCAAAAAGCAAAAGUCUGCUAUUUUAGAAUCAGCUCAGAACAUCACCAAGAUCUUGAGCGACAAACCACCAACAAAGUUAUCAAUGAAAUUGGCUUUGGGCAGAGGGUUUGUGGCACGACAUAAUGUACUGCUCUCUGCCGCUAAAGGCAAAAGACCAUUUAAAAGAGAAUCAAGGAGAAUGGAAAGAAAGAAGAGAAACUUCCUACAGGAAGACAAAGCACAUUUAUCUCUUUCCUGCCCAGGAAUAACGACAGAGACUCAAGACAUGUUCCAUUCUAAGAAAGAUCACUUGAAGUCUAUUACAAUGCUCUUCAAGCAGUGGGGCAAGUUACAUGUUCCUCCACAAAGUGAAGAUGAUUGCCAUUUGGAAACUCUCGGAUGGCUAUGGGAAAAUUGUCACAUUAUGCAAUUAUCCGAGUUUGGCAGCGUUGAUUCUUCCAAAACUGCUAGAGCGAUGAGCGACGGUCAACAUCUUUUGCAUAAAGCUCGUGAAUAUCUGGUGUUAAGUGAUUCUACGCAGAGUUCACAAGUAAAAUCUGCAGUCAAUGUAUCAAAGUACUUAACAGCUCUGCAUAGUGAUGUCAAGGAUGUGUCGGUUUAG